AUGCCGCAAUACAGUUUUCACGUAGAUGGCCUUCUGAUUUUAGACGGCGACGCACUGAAAGUAAAAAUAGGCCAAGAAGACUUUAUGGACUUGGAGGCCUUGCGCCCUUCUAUUAUUAACUUUACAAUGCGUCGGAAUCAAAAAAUUUUUUUACAAGUUUUCGAGACGACAUACAAUUUAUUCAGUGCAGAAUGGGCAGCACUGGGAGAGGAAGCCUCAAAGUUACAUUAUGAGUAUGAAUGUGCCACAGCACAGUUAGAACGCGAAGACUUUAGCGUACAACAAACCGCUAAUACACAACUCCAGGAUUUACAGUAUCAACUGACCCAGAUCUCUCAACAGGCAUAUGACGCGCAAAUGCUAAGCACACAUAUGAAGACCCAAUUGCAAGAAACGCAAGCGCAACUGGCAAAGACACAGGCGCAGUUGGCGGCAUCCCGCGUACAAUGCAACCAAACGCUGGGGAAAUUACGGAAGAUGCAAAAACAGCAUACUGCCACGCAGGCGCGACUAGGGGCGGCGCUUGAAAAAUUAAACGAAAAGGGACAACAGAGCGUUCCGGAUACAAGCCAUACAACCGCACCAAUAGAUCCCCCACAAAAAGGGAGAAAUUUAUCAAGUUGGGCAUGGAAGUCGGAACCGGCUUUACCGACUACGGAGGAACGCCCGAAGUUGGGCAUUUGCGGCAUACAGGAAUUACGACAACCAAUUUGGACCGAAAGCUGCCGGCCUGAAGAAAAAAUACGGACAUUUGAAGGACUAAUGGAGUUUUUGAUGGAUGCAUCACCCAGCGAAUUGCCGGCUGCCUACCAGCGACUUUUUCCCAGGCCAGUUAACCCCGGUUUAUUUUUUAAUGAUGUAUGGAAUAAUUUUGUACAAUGGCUGGACUCCGUUCGCAACGAGGGGAUAUCAGCACAGCUGAUCCAAAUGGGACGACAGGUAUGCACACAACUCAGGGUAAUACAAACGGUAAAAGAUAACCCAGGACUGAAGGUAACCGAACUAACGCAAGUUAUGGAAGAGCCUCAACUAAAAGAAGAUCCAUUUUUGCAGGUCGCUGCUAAGAUAAAGCGGAAACAUUCUGCACCACCACCCAGUAAGGCACGCUGUUUCAGAUGUGGUCGUGUCGGGCACUACAGCACGACGUGCCGCGUGAAUUUACAGAAAGAAACAUAUAAACCAAAAAACGAUUAUCGGCCCCGGAAACAAUGA